GGGGAAACAGCGAAGCCAGAAACUGUUUUCGUGAAGGAUAAAUUUCGUCGCCCCGCAGAUAGUUGAGGAGUACAAAGUGACAAAAUGAGUGCAAAGCGCAUCAAACAGGAAUCAACCUCCAAGAAAAGGUCAGCCCAGGAACCAAUGCAGUUGCUGCUGAAGGAGGCUAAGCAAGAGAAGCUGGACAUCGACGAGAUGGAACUUAUGACCGCGGGGUUGGAAGACGAUGACGAAGGUGGAUGUUACUUUGUAGACCAGAAGGGGAACUACUACUUCCAAGCCAGUGAAGAUGCGGAAUUAAGGGCGGUGGAAAACGGACCGUCCGAGUUUGACGCGUUGAAUGGCGAACAGGGCAAGACUGAGGAGGAAGUCAGCUACGUCCUAAUAAUGAACGAUGGUGACAACAAAUCCACGAUCGUAGUAAACAAUACCGAUGAGACGAGCCUGGAGGAUGAGAAGGACAACGAGAUUUACGAUUUCGAAGAUCCGGACUACAUCUUGCCGGAUCAGGAAACGGGCAAAAAGAACUCCACGCGAGGCAAGCGUGGCCAAUCUAGCACGGGCUCGAUGUACAUGUGCAACUACUGUAACUACACCAGUAACAAGCUGUUCCUGCUGUCGCGGCAUCUAAAAACUCACUCCGACGAUCGGCCACACAAGUGUGUGGUGUGCGAGCGAGGAUUCAAAACGCUAGCUUCCCUACAGAACCACGUUAACACACACACGGGCACCAAGCCGCAUCGGUGCAAACAUUGCGACAACUGUUUCACGACUUCGGGUGAACUUAUACGGCACAUCCGCUAUCGGCAUACACACGAGCGGCCACACAAAUGCACGGAGUGUGACUACGCCAGUGUGGAGUUGAGCAAGCUGAAACGUCACAUUCGUACGCAUACCGGCGAAAAACCGUUCCAGUGCCCGCACUGCACGUACGCGUCCCCGGACAAGUUUAAGCUGACGAGGCACAUGCGAAUCCAUACCGGUGAAAAGCCUUACUCCUGUGACGUUUGUUUUGCACGGUUCACGCAGUCCAAUUCACUGAAGGCGCACAAAAUGAUACACCAAGUUGGCAACAAGCCAGUUUUCCAAUGUAAACUAUGCCCAACGACCUGCGGCCGCAAGACGGAUCUACGCAUUCAUGUGCAGAAUUUACACACCGCCGACAAACCGAUCAAGUGUAAGCGCUGUGACAACACGUUCCCCGAUCGGUACAGCUACAAAAUACAUGCGAAAACGCACGAAGGUGAAAAGUGCUACCGGUGCGACUACUGCCCGUACGCCUCGAUAUCGAUGCGCCAUCUGGAAUCGCAUCUGUUGCUUCACACGGAUCAAAAACCGUACAAGUGCGAUCAAUGUGCGCAAACGUUCCGCCAGAAGCAGCUUCUGAAAAGGCACAUCAACUACUAUCACAACCCGGACUAUGUUGCACCGACACCAAAAGUGAAGACGCAUUCGUGUCCUAGCUGUGAUCGAUCGUUCCGACACAAGGGUAACCUCAUCCGUCACAUGGCACUGCAUGAUCCCGAUUCGACGAUGAGCAAGGAGCUCGAAGCGUUGCGCGAAGGGCGUCAGAAAAAGGUGCAGAUCUCGUUCGAGGAUGACAUGUACAAGGGCGAAGAAGACUACGAAGGAGAAGAAGAUGAAGACGAGGAAGAGGAAGAAGAUGAGGAGGAGGAAGAUGAUGAAGAUGAGGAGGACGAGGAAGAAGAAUCCUCCAACACGAUGCAAACUAGUGAUGUUGUAACGGUCGAAGAUGAGGAUGGUCAGUACGUGGUGUUGGAAGUGAUACAGUUGCAGGAUAAGGAUAAUAAGGAUGCUGAUAAGAUUCAAAAGAAGCGGAAAGGUACCAAACGCAAGGCAACGGUUCCGGCAACGGUUUUAGCGCAAACAAGUUCCAAACCGACGACGUCAACUUCUGCACUUGCUGCAACAUCAUCCCGUGUGACGAGGAGCGUGAAGAAAGAGCCAACAGAAACCAUCUCGCAACCGUCGGAUCCUACGCUCAACAUGGAUGGCAUCAAUCUGGUGCUGGUGGAUGGUGCCGACGGGGGCGACGAUAUUGACGACUCACAUGAGAUUGUGAUCGAGCAAGAUAGUGCUGGCGGUUCGGGCGAUGAGUUCCUCCUUUCGACAGAAGAUUUACAGGACACGGAAAUGCUUAUGUCUUCGCUGCAAAAUGCAAAAAGAUCACGCUACGACGUUACCAUAAGCCAAGAAGAGUUGGAGAAAAACAUGAGCAACUGUUUUGGAUUCGAUGAAGAAGACGAUGAUGAUUUGGACACCAAAGCAACAAUAACGCUGCUAAACUAAAACCAUGAUCGAUGGUAGGGAUUACAUCAUCCUGUUGGCUCUUUAACCAUUAUCGGUAUUUGCAACACAUAUUGAUAAUUCUUCUUUCUUAUGAAUGUAUAAUGUAUUGGCCGAAUCAAACGAUGAAUGAGACAUCUUAAUUUUGAUAGGUGUUAGAAGAGGCGUAACAAUCAGUAGUUCUUCGAAAGGACGCUUAAAGUGACAGUAGAAAGUUUGUUACGAUAUAACGGUGAAAAAAUGUGCCCUUUAUGGGAUAUCCUUGGAUUUGAUAUCGUCACUUACUUCUUCUUUUUUUUCGGUACGACAGCCUCAAUAGGUCUGGGCCUGCCAUUUCUAAUAUUGAACCGGACCCGUCGUGUUCAGCCGCUACCAAUACACCACCGCCCCUCACCACUAACAUGUUUUUAUUUAUUCGAAAUACUUUUUGCAGUGUAAAAUUAUCUAAAUACAGUUUUGUCUUUGGCGAAUGCAUAAGAGGCGCAACUUAAUAACAUGGUCAUUAUCAUAACAGCAAAGUUUUCAUUGAGCGUUUUUUAGUUAUGAUUAUAUUUAGUGUUUGUGUCCAACAGAUAAGGUAGCAAUAAAGUUAGUGAACUACAGGCAUAACUUUGUUCAGUUGUAUGGCAUCAGAACAGAGGAGGGUUGAGAAAAAAACACAGUAAUGCUGUCAUUUUAGAACUAUGACAAGUGAUCUCUAGUAGGCUAAAGGCGCUCGAGUCGAGGAAUCACAACAACAUCGUGCAGGAUGAAAUUUUUAAAGUUAUUGAAAACAGCUUUCUGAGCUUUUAAGGCAGUUAAACAAAUUAAUUUACCACCAUCAUAGUUCUCCGGAAUUCUAGAAUGUUUCGCGAAUGAUUAGGCUGUACUUUUUCUUCCCAAAGGGUAAACCAUCCGUAUUCAUCUUAUUUCAAGUCCGUUCGAUGUUAGUCGAAUAUGUACACCACAUACUUCUUCAGCUUAAAACCAAUGAAAUCUUUGAUUUAUCUGUUCUAUAUCUACUUAAUGCUAACUGACACAAACACAGCAUUUAUUAUGUAAAAUAUGAAAAAGUUCAUAAAAAAAGGCAUAUUGAUUUAACUCGCAUAUAAUUUUUUAUAAUCUACUUUCCUGAAACCAAACCUAUGUGGUGUUAUUACUUUUGUUAUUAAAAUUAACGGAAAAAACUCCAUUUUCAAAGUCGUCGCCAUACUUAAAAUUUCUGAAGGGGUUAAAUUUGAUAAUUAUACAUCUAUAUCGAAAAGGAGGUUCGGAUCCGGAUAAUCUUUCUAUUUUACCUCUGGUAGGUUAGCACUUAUUCUAUAAACUAGCUUAUGAGUUUUAGAAAUGUCACGAUUGCUUAAGAAUUAUAUAUUAAGCCGAAUAAAAUAUUACAUACAACAUACA